UUUAUUUCGUCAGUGUUCAUUUUUUCCUUAAGAUGAGAGUUGUUUUAAAACGUGAAGUUAUCAGCUGCCACGGAUAGAUGAUGCGUUCUUCAACCGUUGUAAAGUUUUGACACUUUUGAACGGAGAAGCGAGGGACCUUACUGCAGCGCGAGUUACCUGAUGAUGCGCGGGACACCGUGUUGGCUCUACUCUGUGUGAAAAGGACAAGGACAUAAAACUGAGGGAAUAACUGGACUUUCGGACACACUCGAAGUGGGAUAUAUUCGUCUAACCAGCACUGCAACGUCGGAGUUCGUACUUUGAACCGUGCCAUCAUGAGUAUUACGCUUUCCCUUUUGUUAAUGUAAUCAAAGUUGAUGCAUUGUUGGAAAGGACUGUGUCCUAGAAAGGUGGACUGGUAUUCCGACCAUGGCGUUUCCAGGUAGGGGUUUCAACCGAUGUUACUUGAUUUUGCUGAUGAUGUGGACUUUAUGGCAACAUUCUGCGUCAAGUCAAAUUCGUCAAGAGUUCCAGGUACUGGAGGAGCAGCCCAUCGGAACAUACGUGGGCACGAUAGAGACAAAACCUAGCUUCACGUACCGAUUUAGCGAAAACCACAAACUUUUUGCGAUUAACGGCACCACAGGUGUCAUUUAUACCACAUCGGUGAUUGACAGAGAGAGUUUGCAAAGUAACAUUAUUAAUGUCGUUGUUCUGUCAAGUCAGCCUACCUAUCCCACGGAAGUAAGGAUUGUCGUGCUGGAUAUCAAUGACAACUCACCCGUGUUCCCGGACGCUUCAAUCGUUGUGUCUUUCAAAGAAGACGCCAGCAGUGGUAGACAAGUUAUUCUGGAUACUGCUACAGAUUCAGACAUUGGGAGUAACGGAGUAGAUCACACAACGUACAGAAUUGUGAACGGCAACGAACAGGGAAAGUUUCGUUUGGAUAUUACAGUAAAUCCUAGUGGAGAGGGGGCAUUCUUGCACCUGGUUUCAACUGGAGGAUUAGACAGGGAACUGACCCCCUUCUACCAGCUUUUGAUUGAAGUUGAAGAUAAAGGAGACCCCAAACGAUUUGGCUAUUUGCAAGUGAAUGUGACCAUACAAGAUAUAAAUGAUAACCCACCAAUUUUUGAUGAGAACCAUUAUCAAACCAGCGUUUUUGAAGAUGCAGCAAUUGGAUCCAGUGUUUUACAAAUAACUGCAAAAGACCAGGAUGAGGGGGCAAAUGCAGACAUCAGGUACUUUUUGGAUGAGGGAACACCUUUCCAAAUUGAUCCUAAGGCUGGCACCGUAACUAUAAAAGAAACAUUGGAUUAUGAGAGCAAGAGAGAAUACUCUUUAACUAUUCAUGCUGUGGAUAAUGGUGUGCCUUCACUGUCAGGUAGGUCAGAAGCCACCAUCAAGCUUCUGGAUGUCAAUGAUAAUGACCCUGUGGUCAAGUUCAGAUAUUUCCCGACCAGUUCCAAAUUUGCCUCUGUGGAUGAAAAUGCUCAGAUUGGUACAGUAGUAGCCUUACUGACUGUCUCAGAUUCAGACUCACCUACUGCUAAUGGCAAUAUAUCCGUUUCAAUUUUAGGGGGGAAUGAACAGAGGCACUUUGAAGUGCACACUUCCCCUGUUCCAAAUUUGAGUUUAAUCAAAGUGGCCAGCGUUUUAGACAGAGAGCGCAUUUCCUCCUACAAUCUGACUGUCUCUGUGUCUGACAAUGGCAGGCCCACUGCCAGGUCCUCUUUUGCCAGCCUGGUUAUUUUUGUGAAUGAUAUCAAUGACCACCCGCCUAUAUUCCAGGAGACCCUGUACAGGGUUGACAUCAGUGAAGAUGUUCCAAAAGGCAGCUACAUUAAAGGGGUUUCUGCAACAGAUGGCGACUCUGGGCAGAACGCCAACCUGCGCUACUCCCUGGUGUCUGGAAACAGUUUAGGCUGGUUUGCCAUCAGUGAAAACAGUGGUCUGGUCACCAGCACUGCUCUGCUGGACAGGGAAAUUGCAUCUGAAAUUGUGCUGAAUAUCAGCGCCAAAGACCAGGGAGUGCAGCCCAGAAUCUCCUACACUAAACUAAUUGUGAACAUAAAAGAUGUGAAUGACCAAAUUCCCACUUUCACGCAGAGCACUUAUCACGUCUCCCUGGUGGAGCACUCCCCAGCAGGUAGUGAGCUCGUGGUGCUGUCGGCCACGGACGACGAUCUCGGAGCCAACGGAACAAUACGGUUCUCAUUUGACCCCGAGACUCCGCCCAGUGUGCAAGACCUUUUUCGUCUGGAUUCAAUUUCUGGCCGGCUGAGCACAGCCGCAGAGCUGGACCGGGAGGACCAAGGGUCAUACCUGCUCUAUGUCCAGGCAAAAGACAUGGGCAUACCUCCUCUCCACUCAGUCGGCAAAGUGAACAUAACGCUGAAAGACAUCAACGACAACAGACCCGUUUUCUACCCGGUGCAGUACUUCGCCAACAUCAAGGAAAACGAACCGCCGAGCUCGUACAUCACCACAGUGUCGGCCACGGACGCUGAUUUAGGAAGGAACGGGACAGUGAGGUACUCCAUCACAGCAGGGGACACCUUUAAGUUUCGCAUUCACAGUAACACAGGCAAAAUCACAACCCUGGUUUCGCUGGACAGAGAGGAGAAGACAGCCUACCAGCUUCAGGUGACAGCCACAGAUGGUGGGAACCUUCAUUCCCACGCCCAGGCUAUUGUCACCAUCACUGUAAUAGACACACAGGACAACCCCCCUACCUUCACCCAGAGUGUUUACAGUUUUGUCAUCUUUGAAAACAUUGGACUAAAUUCUGUCAUUGGAACUGUGUCCGCAUCCACACUCGAUCUGAACACUAAUAUCACCUACUUAAUUACCUCUGGUGACCAAAGAGGCCUGUUUGCAAUUAACAGCGCCACGGGACAGAUCACUGCCUCCAGUCUGAUUGACAGAGAGGAGCAGGCGUUUUACCAGCUCAAAGUAAUAGCAAGAGGUGGGGAGGUAACAGGCCAGGCUCUUGUUAAUAUCACUGUUAAGGAUUUAAAUGAUAACGCACCACGUUUUCCCCAUGCUGUAGAGCAUGUUAGUGCAGUUGAGAACUGGGGCGCGGGUCACCACAUAUUCCAGGCUAAGGCCAUGGACCCUGAUGAAGGCAGCAAUGGCAUGGUGGUGUACAGUCUCAAACAGAACCCCAAAGGCCUGUUCCACAUACAUGAGAAACACGGGCAGAUCACUCUAACUGGGCCCCUGGAGGUAACGACCAGCUCGUAUCAGGUGGAGGUCCUGGCGUCUGACAUGGGAGUUCCACAGCGUGCUUCCAGUCUGAUUUUAACAGUCAGCGUUUAUGAUGUCAACGACAACUCGCCCAUAUUUGAUCAGCUGUCCUACGAGGUCACCAUUUUAGAAUCAGAAGCUGUGAACACUAGGUUUUUCCAAGUGGAGGCCACUGACCAGGACUCUGGCCUGAAUGGGGAGAUCAUGUAUGACAUAAUUGGUGGGAACACUGGGGACGUUUUUGGUAUCUUUCCAGAUGGGCAGCUAUACAUAAAAGCUGAAUUGGACAGAGAGGUGCAGGAGAGGUAUCAUCUGCUGCUGGUGGCCACAGACAGGGCUGUGGAGCCGCUUAGCGCAACAGUCAAUGUCACUGUGAUUCUGGAGGACGUGAAUGACAAUCGGCCUCUCUUCAACAGCACAAACUAUGUGUUUUACUUUGAGGAGGAGCAGAAGAGGGGCUCGCUGGUGGGGCAGGUCUUCGCCGAAGACAAAGAUUUCGGGCCGAACAGUGAAGUGAGGUACAGGUUUGAGACGCCGCAGUCAAACUUUGAGCUUAACGCCAUAACAGGGGAGCUGACCAGCACGCUGCAGCUGGACCGUGAGCUGCUCAUGAGACAGCGGGGGGCCGCGGUGUUCACUUUCACCGUCAUAUCCUCUGAUCAGGGACUCCCCAAGCCACUUAAAGACCAGGCCAAAGUGCAGGUUUACAUCCGGGACAUCAACGACAACCCGCCCAAGUUCACCAAAGACAUUUACCAGGCCUCCAUCUCGGAGUCGGCACAAAACCUGACACAGCUGCUGCGGGUCUCCGCCUCAGAUGUGGACGAGAACAAAAACGGGCUGGUGCGUUACUACAUCAAGGAAGGGAAUGAGGAGAACCAGUUCAGCAUUGACAGCAGCUCAGGCCAGGUCACUCUAGUGGGCAGGCUUGACUAUGAAGCAACGGCCUCAUACUCCCUAAAAAUCAUUGCCGUUGACUCCGGAGCAGUGCCCCUCUCCUCAUCUUGCAUGCUCAGCAUCAGUGUCCUGGAUGAGAAUGACAACUCCCCCUCCUUCCCCAAGGCUGCCCUGACAGUCGACGUCCUGGAGAACAUGAGGAUCGGAGAGCUGGUGGCGUCCGUGACAGCCACGGACUCAGACUCCGGGGACAAUGCCGAAAUAACGUACAGCAUCACGGCCAGCAACAACCACGGGACCUUCAGCAUCAGCCCCAACACAGGGAGCAUCUUCCUGGUGAAAAAGCUGGAUUACGAAACUCACUCCCUCUAUAAGCUCAACAUCACAGCCAAGGACAAUGGGAGGCCGCCCAGGUCCUCAACAGUUCCUGUGAUCAUUCACGUCAGGGAUUUCAAUGACAACCCCCCCAGUUUUGCCCCCGGUGACAUCUUCAAGUCCAUUCCUGAAAACCUGCCCCUUGCUACCUCGAUAAUGACCAUAACGGCCCAUGACACGGACGCAGACAUCAAUGGACAACUGGAAUAUUCCAUCAUUCAGCAGACGCCAAGAGGAAACCACUUCACCAUCGACUCCAUCACUGGGGUUAUUUACACAAACCGGGAAAUCGACAGGGAGUUCUCCAAUCUCUUUGAACUGACAGUGAAAGCGACAGACCAGGCAGUCCCUGUGGAGUUCAGACGCUUUGCCCUGAAGAAUGUCACAGUGUGGGUAACCGAUCAGAACGACAAUGUCCCCACAUUCGUCUCCCAAAACGCCCUUGUCGCAGACUCCACUAUCGUCAUCGGCUCCAUCCUCACCACCGUGGUGGCGUUAGAUCCGGACGAGGGCGCGAACGGCGAGGUGGAGUAUGAGCUGGUGAAAGGGGACUCUGACACGUUCAUCAUGGACCGCUACAGCGGGGACAUCCGCGUGGCCUCCCCGCUGGAGCCUUCGCGUCUCGUCUACAGCCUCACCGUGUCGGCCACCGACCGAGGGUCCGACAGGAAGGCCUCCAAGACAGAGCUGACCGUCAUCCUGCAGGGCACGGAUGGGCCCGUUUUCUCCCAGCCCAAAUACAUCACCAUCCUGAAAGAGGGGCAGCCGCCCGGCACCAACGUCAUCUCUCUGGGCGCCUCCAGUCCCAGAGCAGGGACCAAGGUGGAAUAUUACAUUGUGUCCGUGCAAUGUGGCGACAAGGCCAUGGGCCGGCUCUUCACCAUCGGAAGACACACUGGAGUGAUCCAGACUGCCACAGAGCUGGACCGGGAGCAGGGCUCCGACCUGUACCUGGUGGGUGUGUAUGCCAUAGAGACCGACACCAGCCAGCCCAGGACUCAGAAAGCCGAGGUGGAAAUAAAACUGCAGGAUGUCAACGACAACCCACCUGUUUUUCCAACCGAUAUGCUUGACGUCACCAUUGAGGAGAACAUCGGCGACGGGUUCAAGAUAAUGCAGCUAACGGCUACAGAUGCCGACGAGGGACCAAAUGCUUUGGUGACCUACACAAUAAUCAGUGGAGCAGAUGACAGCUUUCGAAUCGACCCUGAAUCAGGGGACCUCAUAGCUACCAAGCGGUUGGACCGGGAGCGACGAUCAAAGUAUUCACUGCUGGUUCGAGCGGACGAUGGCAAGCAGUCCUCUGACAUGAGAGUGAACAUCACAGUCAGCGAUGUCAAUGACCACACUCCCAAAUUCUCCCGGGACGUGUACUCCUUUGACAUUCCAGAGGACAUGACACCAGGCGCCAUCGUGGCAGCCAUCCUGGCCAGCGACGCGGAUGCGGGCGUCAACGGCGAGAUCACGUACUCCUUGGAAGAGGACGAUGAGGACGGGGUCUUCCUCCUGAACCCGGUGACGGGCGUGUUCAACGUGACCCGCCCCCUGGACUACGAGACCCAGCAGUUCUACAUCCUGUCUGUUCGGGCUGAGGACGGGGGUGGCCAGGCCAGCUCCGUGAGGGUCUACUUCAACAUCCUGGACGUCAACGACAACCCGCCCAUCUUCAACACCACCCUCUUCAGCGCCACAGUGAUGGAGAACCUUCCUCCCGGCUCCAGCAUCCUCACCCUCAGCACCAGCGAUGCUGACGACGGCCCAAACGCUGAGGUGUCCUUCAGCAUCGCCUCAGGAGACCCCCUGGGGCAGUUUGUCAUCGACAACCAAGGCGUCCUGAAAACCAAGCUGUCUCUGGACAGGGAGAGCCAGUCCUUCUACAACCUCGUGAUCAGGGUUCACGACCUGGCGCUGCCCCCCAUGGCGAGGUUCACCAGCACCGCCCAGGUGUCCAUCAUCCUGCUGGACGUCAACGACUGCGCCCCCAGCUUCACCUCGCAGAAGAUGACCUACAUCCAGGAGAACACGCCGGUGGAGACGGUGGUGUUCACCGCGCAGGCCACCGACUCCGACAGCGGGCCCAACAGCUACGUGGAGUACUCCCUGCGCGGGCCCUUCGGGAAUAAGUUCAGCAUUGGGACGGUGGACGGAAACGUCAGGCUGAUCGGUGAGCUGGACAGGGAGGAGCUGUCCAACUACACGCUGACCAUCGUGGCCACGGACAAGGGCGAGCCGCCGCUUUCCUCCACGAUGGACGUCACCGUCGUCGUCCUGGACGUCAACGACAACACCCCGAGCUUCUCGCAGAACAUCUAUGACAUCGAGAUUGAGGAGAACACACUGACGGGCACGGAUGUGCUCCAGGUGUUUGCCAGCGAUGCCGACGAGGGCACCAACGGGCAGAUCCGGUUCUCCAUCGGCAGCGGCAACACCAACUCGGACUUCAGGAUCGACUUGGUCACUGGGAUGAUCUCGGUGGCCAGGCAGCUGGAUCGGGAGGCGAGGCCCACCUACUCGCUGGUGGUCCAAGCGGCGGAUCGAGGGAGCAGUCCCAGGAGAGACAGAGCCACGGUCAACAUCGUGCUCCUGGACGUGAACGACUGCACCCCAGCGUUUGAGCUUUCUCCCUAUACUGUCAGCGUUCAGGAAAACCUGAAAAAUCUUCCAAAGACUAUUCUGCAGGUGGUGGCCAGAGACGAUGACCAGGGGACCAAUGGCCAGCUGACCUAUGCCCUGAGUGGUGGGAACGAGGACGGGGCCUUCAGCCUCUCGUCCAGUGGUCAGCUGAGCCUCAUUCAGAGCCUGGACCGUGAGGCACAGGACACGUACACCCUAAUCAUCACUGCUACCGACUCAGGUUCCCCAUCCCUGAGCGGAACGGGCACAGUCACCAUCCAAGUCGAGGACGUCAACGACAACGUCCCGCUCUUCGCCUCCGCCGUCUUCCACGCCACCAUCCCCGAGGAUGCACCCACCGGCACCGACGUCCUGUUGGUCAACUCCUCAGAUACAGACGCGGGUCCCAACAGCGUCAUCAGCUACAGCCUGGCAGGGGGCGACGGGCAGUUCUCCAUCAACCCAGCCACAGGCCAGAUUAUCACCAGCGCCCUGCUGGACCGGGAGACCAGGAGCAGCUACCAGCUGGUGGUGGUGGCCUCGGAUGGCGGGCAGCCCCUCAGCAUGUCCAGCUCUGCCACUGUCUCUGUGGCGGUGACCGACAUCAAUGACAACCCGCCCCGCUUCCACCACCACCCCUACGUCACCCACGUCCCAGCCUCCACCUCUGCUGGUUCCCUGGUGUUUGCGGUCACAGUUACAGACGAAGACACUGGGCCAAAUGCCCAGCUCCACUAUUCCCUAACGGGCAAAAACUCUGAGAAGUUCAAGAUUGAUCCAGUUAGAGGCUCCAUCACAGCCAGCGAGAAGCUGAUGGGCAGUUCAGAGGUGACUUUCAGCGUCCGUGUGAAAGAUGGUGGGACUAACCCCAAAACCGACACAACGACCGUGACCGUCAGAUUCGUAACAGGCGGAGACUUCCCUGUCAUCAAGAUGGGACAGACCACUUUCACAUUCCCUGAAAACCAAGCCGUUAACACACUUGUUGCCACAGUUGCUGGAUCUUCCACCAGGGGUGGACCCUUGUCGUACUACAUUGCCAGUGGAAACUUGGACAGUGCAUUUCAUGUGGACCAGCAGACUGGAGACCUGUCCAUCAAGAAGCCUCUAGAUUUUGAGAACAUACAGAAGUAUGUGCUUUGGAUUGAGGCCAGAGAUCAAGGCUUCCCCCCUUAUUCGUCUUAUGAGAAAGUGGAAAUAACCAUCUUGGAUGUCAACGACAACUAUCCCGUUUUCGAACGGGAGCCAUUCCGGGCUGAGCUGUUGGAAAACCUGUCCCCACAGAAGGUCCUGAUGGUGUCGGCCGUCGACAGGGACAGCGGGCCCAACGGACAGCUCGAGUACGCCAUCAUCGAGGGAAACAAGGAGAACAGCUUCAGCAUCAACCGGGCAACGGGCGAAAUCCGCACCUCCAGACCCCUGGACAGGGAAAAGGUGGCUCAGUAUGUGCUCAAGGUCAAAGCCACCGACCGUGGCACCCCGCCGAAAAGCACCACUGUGAAAGUUCUUAUUAGCGUGUUGGACGUCAAUGACAAUGCCCCCAGGUUCUCCAAGAUCUUCAGUGCCACAGUGCCGGAGAACGCCCCCGUGGGCUACACUGUCACACGCGUCACCACCUCAGACGAGGACGCCGGCGCCAACGCGGUCAGCCGUUACUCCAUCUCUGACACCAGCCUCCCCUUCACGAUCAACACGAACACGGGUGACAUCACCAUCAGCAGGCCCCUCAACAGAGAGGAUUCAGACCGCUACAUCGUCAAAGUCUCUGCCCGUGACUCUGGCUGGACCGUGAGCACCGACGUGACGAUAUUUGUGACAGACAUCAAUGAUAACGCCCCCCGUUUCAGUCGUCCGUCCUACUACCUGGACUACCCCGAGCUGACCGAGGUGGGGUCGGUCGUCACCCGCGUGUCCGCCACAGACCCUGACGAGGGCUUCAACGGGCAAAUAUUCUACUUCAUUAAAUCCCAGUCUGAGUUCUUCAGAAUCAACUCAAGCUCUGGAGAAAUCUUCAUCAAGCAGCAGCUUAAGUACCAGAACUCCACCGGUGCGAGUGCCGUCAACAUCAAUCGCCACAGCUUCAUUGUCACUGCAUCCGAUAGGGGGACCAAGCCCCUAAUGAGUGAGACCACAGUCAUCGUCAAUAUAGUGGACAGCAAUGACAAUCCACCUCAGUUUGAAUCUGCCAGCUAUUUCACACCUGUUACUAAGAGCGUCAAGGUGGGAACCAAGCUCAUAAGAGUGGUAGCCAGUGAUAAGAAAGACUUUGGAAUGAACUCAGAGGUGGAGUACUUUAUAUCAGGGGGUAACAGCUCCAGCAGGUUCCGGCUGGACAAAUCCAAUGGGUGGCUCACUGUGGCUUCCUCAUUGACCUCAGAUAUGAAUAAGGUUUUUCUUAUUGAAGUCACCGCCAAAGACAAAGGGAAUCCCCCUCUGUCAUCUAAAUCCAUGGUGCGUGUGGCAGUGACCGAGGAGAACCAUCACACCCCGGAGUUCUCCCAGGCCCACGUCACGGCCACCGUACCAGAGAGCCUUAACGUCGGCACAGCCAUCAGGACGCUCUCGGCCAGGGACAAGGACAAGGAAAUGAAUGGGCUCAUCACCUACAACAUCACCGUUGGCAACGAGGCAGGCCUUUUCGCAGUGAACAGCAGGACCGGUGCCUUGACCUUAGUACGCCCUUUGGAUUACGAAGAAAAACAGACCCAUGAGCUCAGAGUAACGGCUACCGAUGGGGGAUGGAUCGCAAAGACUGGCUACGCCACGGUCACGAUACAUGUGACGGACGUAAACGACAACCCACCAAUUUUUAGCCCAGAAGAGUAUUUCCCAACCGUGCAGGAGAACGUCCCCAGUGGCACCAACGUGGUCAGAAUGAACGCGACUGACAAGGAUUCUGGGACGAAUGCUGUGAUAGCCUAUGUGAUUCAGUCCUCCGACAGCGACUUGUUUGUCAUUGACCCGAACACGGGGAUCAUUACCACGCAGGGCUUCUUGGACUACGAAGCCAAACAGGCGUAUCACCUAACAGUCAAGGCCUUCAAUAUCCCUGAUGAGGAGCGCUGCAGCUUCGCUAACGUCAACAUCCAGCUGAAGGGCGCUAAUGAGUAUGUCCCCCGCUUUGUCUCCAAGCAGUACUAUUUCGAGGUCUCUGAAGCUGCCCCUAGAGGGACUGUGGUGGGGGAAGUGUUCGCCAGCGACCGUGACCUCGGAAUGGACGGAGAGGUCCACUAUUUGAUUUUCGGGAGGAGCAGAAAGAAAGGCUUCGGCAUCCAUAAAAAGACAGGUCAGAUAUAUGUGGCAGGCCCUCUUGACCGUGAGAAAGAGGAAAAGAUCUCCCUCAAGGUCCUGGCCAAGAACGCUGGGAGUAUAAGAGGAGCAGACAUCGAUGAGGUUUUCGUGAAUAUAACUAUCCUGGAUGCCAAUGAUCCGCCUGUCUUCACUGUGGAGCUGUACGACGUGCAGAUCAGCGAGGGCCUUUCCCCAGGUAGUCUGGUUACUUUCGUCAGUGCCGCGGACUCCGACUCCGUCCCCAGCUGGAGCAGGUUCUCUUAUUCCAUGGCUGCGGAUAAUGAGAAAAACGCCUUCACAAUUAAUCCUCAGACGGGUCAGGUUUCAGUAGCGGCCGAGCUCGACAGGGAGUCCACACCUGUUUACAAUCUGACCUUGCUGGCAGUAGAUUCCGGCUCGCCCCCUGCUACUGGAAGCGCCACCCUGAUAGUGACCCUGGAGGACAUCAAUGACAACGGCCCCACCCUGCUGACCACCAGCGGGGAGGUUAUGGAAAACCAGCGUGCGGGGACGGCCGUCAUGACCCUGAGCUCCACCGACUCAGACCUUCCUCCCAACCAGGGCCCAUUCACGUACAGCCUGCAGGGCACUGCCUCCAGCUACUUUAGCCUCAGCCAGGCGGGAGAGCUGACUACAAGCCGUGAGAUUGACCGGGAGCAGAUCAGCGACUUCUAUCUCCCCGUGGUGAUCAGGGACUCUGGCGUCCCUCAGAUGUCCUCCACAGGAACCGUCCACAUCAAGGUCAACGACCAGAACGACAACCCAUCCGAGCCCCGCACGGUGGAGAUCUUUGUCCACUAUUUUGGGAACCUGUUCCCCGGCGGGUCCUUGGGCAGCGUGAAGCCCCAGGACCCCGACGUGCAGGACGCUUUCCGCUGCUCCCUGGCCUCAUCCGUGCCCAGCCUCUUCAGCAUCGCCACCGGCACCUGCGACCUCAGCGCCCACGCCCGCUCCACCGACGGCACAUUCGACUUCAAGGUGCGCAGCAGCGAUGGGGUCCACGGGACGGUGGACAACAGCGUGCGCAUCUUCUUCCUGGGGUUCACCAACGCCACUGUGGAAAACAGCAUCCUGAUCCGCCUCAAGGUGCAGGGGGUGAGGGAUUUCCUCACCAACCACUACCUGAGCUUCCUGCGUGUGGCUAACUCGCAGCUGGCCGGGCUAGGCACCGGCGUCCAGCUCUACGGAGCAUUCGAGCUUGACAACCAGACCUUCCUGAUGGCCGCCGUGAGGCGGAGCUAUGGCCAGUACGUCAACCCCAGCGGCGUGGCCACCUUCUUCGAGAGCAUCAAAGAUGUCGUCCACCGGCAGAGCGGCGUUUGGAUGGACGCGGUGGACCACGACCCCUGCACCCGCAACCCCUGCCUGAACGGGGGCAGGUGCAAGCGGCGGCUUGGCGUGGGGCCCGACAUAAGAACGGAGGAGAGCGUGCCAGUCAUCCUGGUCUCCAACCAGCCCCUGCCGCCCUACGCUUGCAGCUGCAUGCCGGGGUACGCCGGGGGCCUGUGUGAGACCGACAUCGAUGAGUGCCUGCCCUCCCCCUGCCACAACGGCGGGACCUGCCACAACCUGGUGGGCGGGUUUUCCUGUGCCUGCCCCGAGGGCUUCACCGGGAUGGCAUGCGAGCGAGACGUCAACGAGUGCCUGUCUAACCCCUGCAAGAACGGGGCGCUCUGCCAGAACUACCCCGGGGGCUUCAACUGCCUCUGCAAGUCGGGAUUCACAGGCAAAACGUGUGAGUCCGCCAUCAAUUACUGUGAGUGUAAUCCGUGUUUUAAUGGCGGGUCCUGUCAGAAUGGCGUGGAUGGAUAUUACUGUCAUUGUCCAUUUGGUGUCUUUGGGAAACACUGUGAACUGAACAGUUACGGCUUUGAAGAACUGUCCUACAUGGAGUUCCCGAGUCUAGAUCCAAACAACAACUACAUCUAUAUAAAGUUUGCUACCAUCAAGAGCAACGCUCUCCUCAUGUAUAACCAUGACAACCAGACGGGAGACAAAGCAGAGUUCCUGGCUCUGGAGAUCUUCGAGGGACGAAUGCGCUUCUCCUUUAACUUGGGCAGCGGGACCUAUAAACUAAUGACCAUGAAAAAAGUUUCAGAUGGCCAGUUCCAUACAGUCAUCGCAAGGAGGGCUGGGAUGGCUGCGUCUCUGACUGUGGAUGUGUGCGGUGAAGACCAGGACCCUGGCUACUGCGCUGUCAGCAACGUGGCCGUCCACGCAGACUGGAUCCUGGACGUCCAGCCCAACCGGCUCUCGGUGGGAGGCGUCGCCUCCAUUGAGCCCAUCCUUCACCGGCGGGGGCAGGUCGCCACCCACGACUUUGUGGGCUGCAUCAUGGAGCUGGCCAUCAACGGACGGCCCCUGGAGCCUGGGCAGGCCCUGGCGUCCCGCGGCAUCCUUGACAGAUGCCCCAGACUGGAAGGCGCCUGCACUGCCGAUCCGUGCAGGCACGGGGGCACCUGUGUGGACCAUUGGUCGUGGCAGCAGUGCAGAUGCAUGGAAGGCUUCACCGGGAAGUAUUGUGAGAAAUACAUAACGGCCGACACCGCGUUGUCCCUGGACGGUACCGGACGCCUGGACUACUCCAUGAACCAGAACCAGAAGCGCGACCUCUUACUGGGCCAGAGCCUGGGAGGUCCGGGCCGUGCCGGGCCGGGCCAGAACAGCCUGGAGGUGAAGUUCCGCACCCUGAGCAAGAGCGGGACCCUCCUCCACGUCCAGGAGAGCAGCAACUACACCACGGUGAAGCUGAAGAACGGUAACAUUCACUACAUCUCGGACGCCGGCGUCGGGGGGAAGGUGGAGCGGAUCCUGCCCGACGUGGCCCUCUCCGACGGCCACUGGCACUCGCUCCUGCUGCAGAAGAACGGCACGGCCACCUCCCUCCGCGUUGACGGGGCCCACCUGAAGGAGAUCCUGCACCACACCCAGGACUUCGGAGGAGUCAACGUCCUCACCCUCUCGCUGGGGGGGAUCCCCUCUGGGCCCACCCAGCAGAAAUCUGCCUCAGGCUUUGAUGGCUGCUUCGCCUACGUGAAGUACAACGGAGACACCCUGCCCUUCAGCGGGGAGCACGACGCCGUCACCAUCUCCAAGACCCACUCGUCCGUCAAGGUCGGCUGCCGGGGGCCCAACGUUUGCGCCAGCAACCCCUGCUGGGACGGGCUGAUGUGCGUCAACCAGUGGCACAACUACCAGUGUGUGCCGCCGGGUGACUGCGUCUCCGGCCCCUGCCAGAACGGGGGCAGCUGCGAGCCCGGCCCCCAGUCGGGGUUCACCUGCGCCUGCCCGGAGUUCUACACUGGCAGGACGUGUGAGAGCGUGGUGGCCUGCGUGGGGGUGCAGUGCCCCUCGGGCACCCUCUGCAAGAUGGCGAGCAACGGGGGCUUCGUCUGCAGCCCCAGCCCCAUAGCAGAGGAGAUGACCCUGCCCAUCUGGGCCGUGCCGGCCAUCGUGGGCAGCUGCGCCACCGCCCUGGCCCUGGUGGUGCUGAGCCUGAUUCUCUGCAACCACUGCAGGGGCCGGCGGAGCAAAGUGCCAAAGGAAGAGAAGAAGCCCAAGGAGAAGAAGAAGAAGAAGGGCAGCGAGAACGUGGCCUUCGACGACCCGGACAACAUCCCGCCGUACGGGGACGACAUGACAGUGAGGAAGCAGCCCGAGGGGAACCCCAAGCCGGACAUCAUCGAGAGGGAGAACCCCUACCUGAUCUACGACGAGACGGACAUCCCGCACGGCAACGAGACCGUCCCCAGUGCACCCUGCGCCCCCUGCGUGGGCCCCGAGGCCGACAUCGAGCACUACGACAUCGACAACGCCAGCAGCAUCGCCCCCUCCGACGCCGACAUCAUCCAGCACUACAAGCAGUUCCGCAGCCACACCCCCAAGUUCUCCAUCCAGAGGCACAGCCCGCUGGGCUUUGCCCGCCAGUCCCCCCUCCCGCUGGGCGCUAGCAGUUACACCUACCAGCCCGCCUACAGCCAAGGACUGAGAGCCACACCCCUCAGCCACUCCACCUGCCCCACCCCCAACCCUCUGUCUCGCCACAGCCCCGCCCCCUUCGCCAAACCUUCCACCUUCUACCGCAACAGCCCCGCCCGGGAGCUGAACCUGGCCCGCAGGGAGGGCAGCCCGCUGGACCUGCACGGAGAGGCCUGCCAACCUGGCGUCUUCAACUACGCCACCCGCCUGGGGCGGCGGAGCAAGAGCCCGCAGACCAUGGCGGGCCACGGCUCCAGGCCCGGCAGCCGCCUCAAGCAGCCCAUCGAGCAGAUCCCCCUGGAGACGGGGCCGCCGGUGGGGCUCUCCAUCGAGGAGGUGGAGCGGCUCAACACGCCCCGCCCCAGGAACCCCAGCAUCUGCAGCGCCGACCACGGCCGCUCCUCCUCCGAGGAGGACUGCCGGAGGCCGCUCUCCCGGGUGCGCAACCCCGCCGACGGCAUCCCCGCCCCGGAGUCCUCCUCCGAGAGCGACUCUCACGACUCCUUUACCUGCUCCGAGAUGGAGUAUGACCGCGACAAGCCCGUGGCCUACAGCUCCCGGGUGCCCAAGCUGUCGCAGGUCAACGAGUCGGACGCCGACGACGAGGAGUACGGCGGCCGGCUUAAGCAGCGGCGCUACUCCAGCCGGCGGGCGGAGGGGGGGCCCGGCGCCUCCCAGGCCCCCCUGACUGACCAUUACACCCUCCCUCACAAACUGGGCCAGCAGGCCGGGAGCUUCAACUGGGACAACCUGCUUAACUGGGGCCCGGGCUUCGGCCACUACGUCGACGUCUUCAAGGACCUGGCCCUGCUUCCCGAAAACGCAGCUGCGAAAGACAUUGAAAUGAACAGUGGGGAUGGAUCUGUGACCAUUCUGAACGAGGGGGAGGCGGAGCAAUAUGUAUGAGACUUAAUUUAUGUCGACUGAUUGUUUCAUGCUGUUUUAUUAAAAUGGACAGGAUAUAAAUAAUGAACAGAGGACAUUGAAUAAGCAGUAUUUUCAUUCCUAUGUUGUUCAAAUAGGACGAUCUUAAAUGCGGUAAGGCAGAAAUGACAUCUGAAAGUGUUAUGUAUUCAGUUUUUUUUUGAAGGGUUUUGCCAGUCAGCCAGGCACAAUCAUUUGUCAUAAAUCAUAUCACCUUGAUUUUACAUACUGUAUCCAUCAAUACCAAAUAAUUCAUUCAAAUGCACAGAAGUGGCCGUAUGUCAGGCUGGAUAAUUAAAAUGUCUGUGUAAGCUUAAUUAAAUUUAGCUUUCACUUCAUUAAUUAUGAAUACUGCUUUUGCCUUGCAAUACUUCCGUAUCAAAUUACACAGAUCAUAUCUCAAGAUAAAACAGUAAGACUUGCUGCUCAACCCCUUCUAUGUUCUCAUUAAAAAAAAGCAUGUGUGUUUGAUGUGCUGAACCUGAAGGAUUGUUGUAUGAGCACACUAGUUGGCCCGCACUUUAAAUUUGUCCUGCCAGUGUUAUGAAAAGCAAGCCGACACACCUUUCCAUAUCUUCACAUUCACACUCAGAAGAUUGGCGAAGAGUUACGAAGAACUGAGAUUAACGAACUGAGC